UUAGCUGGAUGAGCAGAAAAAGUAACACAGACAUCAGAGUGGGUAGCUCUGGCUAGCCCGCUGACCCUAGGGGUUGCUGUGACGUGGCAGUGCAGCCGACGUAGCCACGUAUUUCGUCCACCCAGCACCAUCACGAAUGUAUGAUACAAUAAACCUAUAAUUUACUGGCAUUACACGUAUUCAUAAAUGUCCAUGAUUAAAAAAACAACCAAAUAUUUUCGAUUUUAGAGAGUCGUUUCACCAAGUUCCUGGAGGAUAAUGUAGUGUGUAGAUGGAUGAAUGGACCGACAAACACACACGGACACACCGACGGUCAGAGGAAAUGACAAUGGCUGCGGCUGCCACAUCCUAAGAUGCACAUUCGUCAGUAGGCACACACGCGCUAAAUGAAGCAUUCAGGUUUUCUUUAGCUGCGCUAGACUGGCAGUGCCGAAAACCAAAACCUUUUUCAGAAGUUUCCAAAAUGGGUCAGACGAGCAUCUGCUUGGCAUAUGCAAACAAAGGUUCUCGUUCACACGGAGACUUAAAUGGCGUUCAUAUUAAAGGCUUGCCGAGGUCCUCAACUGAUAAAGCACCCUUAGCGACAGGUGAAUGUACACUGUCUCCAGACACCACGACUAGACGACAAACGGUCACUCGGUUCCAGCAGGCACAAGUGGAGGGACAUACCAUUCGUGGCAACAUUUUCUACAACUUUACAUGAAGACAGGCGAAAAUAAGCCGGCAGCACAUAUUUAAGACCAUCGAGAUGCAGACGACUGAAACUCAAACGGAGGAGAGUGCAGAUGAGCAGUCGUCAUGUGUGAUGGACGAGGAACAGGUGAUGGAGGUGACGUAUGGUGUAGAGGACAAUCCCCCGUGGGCGCUGUGCGUGCUACUGGGAUUUCAGCAUUAUCUGACAGCGUUUGGCUCCACGUUGUCGGUGCCACUGGUGUUGGCUGGGCCGCUGUGCAUGACAUACGAUCCUGUCGCCGUCAGUCAGCUGGUGGGCACCAUAUUUUUUGUUGGCGGCAUUGCAACGUUAAUGCAGACGACAUUUGGAAUAAGAUUGCCGAUAAUACAAGGUGCAACGUUUGCAUUCUUAGCACCGACUUUCUCUAUACUGUCUCUUCCCAAGUGGCAAUGUCCUGCCUUUAUUGUAGCGCGGGUGAUUUCGAUAACUCUUCGACUACGAUGAACAACACACAGAACAAUGGAAGUGCACACACUGUGGUCGCCGGAAGUGAGGAGCAUACAGAAGUGUGGCAAUCAAGAGUGAGGGAGAUUCAGGGCGCUGUGCUGGUGGCGUCCUUGUUCCAGGUGGUGGUUGGCUUCAGCGGACUCAUGACGAUUAUGUUGCGCUUCAUUGGUCCUUUGGUCAUUGCGCCGACUGUAACGCUGGUGGGACUCGCGUUAUUUGAUGUGGCGGCUCAGAAAUGCUCUCACCAGUGGGGAAUAGCCAUCUUGACACUGGUACUCAUCGUGGUCUUUUCUCAGUGUUUGCAUCGUGCAGCCAUUGCUCUCCCCUUUGGUACCAUCACCAAACAUGGCUGCCAAGGCGGAAUCACCAAGAUACGGGUGUUUGAGUUAUUCCCCGUGUUGCUGGCUAUGACAGUCAGCUGGCUAAUUUGCCUCAUUUUAACCUACUCGGGAGCGCUGCCUCAGGAUCCUGGUCACCGGGGCUUCUGGGCCCGCACCGAUGCCCGCUUGUCUGUUCUAAAAGAUGCUCAGUGGGUUCGCAUUCCGUAUCCGGGACAGUGGGGCCUUCCCACAAUCAGUGUUGGAGCUGUUCUCGGGAUGCUGGCUGGCGUGUUGGCUUCCAUGAUUGAGUCCAUCGGGGACUACUACGCAUGCGCGCGGCUUUCCAAUGCUCCUCCUCCUCCGCCCCAUGCUAUAAAUAGAGGUAUUGGAGUAGAGGGUCUAGCCUGUAUCCUGGCAGGGGCCUUCGGCUCUGCGAACGGAACCACAUCUUACAGUGAAAAUGUGGCCGCCAUUGGCAUUACGAAGGUGGCCAGUCGCAGGGUGGUGCAAGUCGCCGGGGUGUUGUUAAUGAUUGUGGGUUGUUUCGGCAAACUGGGGGCGCUGUUCGUCACUAUUCCAGACCCUGGCGGGGGAAUGUUUCUCGCCAUGUUUGGUAUGAUAACAGCUGUCGGCAUCUCGAACCUUCGGUACGUUGAAAUACGUCGGCCGCGCAACAUGUUUGUCUUGGGUCUGGCACUCUUCCUCGGCUUGGCGAUACCGAGUUGGAUUGAAGGAAACAAAAACGAAAUCCAAACAGGUAACAGUACAGUUGACCAGAUUAUAGAAGUUCUCUUGUCAACAAGUAUGUUUGUGGGUGGUUUUGUGGCUUUUGUCUUGGACAAUCUUCUUCCAGGUACCGACAGAGACAGAGGUGUCAUCAAAUGGCGCCAGGAGUCCCGUGUAGCUGCUAAGACAAGCGGCCAUGGGGAUGUCUACAUUCAUCCUCUUCUCCAGAAACUGAUUCACCGCAUCGUCAUCCUCGGUCGCCUGCCCUUUUGCCCUCCCGCCAAGAUUUGCACUUCCGCGGUCUUUGAAAGAGUCAGACUUGGGAGCACUGGAAACUUUGAUUGUGAAAAUAGAUUGUGAAUGAGAACUCAAGAGGGAACACUGAGCACACUGAACUGUGUUGUGGGAGUCUGUGCUUUGACCAGGCAGUCUGCGCUGCUAUCUUCGCUCGCAUAAAUGUUUUUGUUUGUUUAGCUGUUCACGCUUAUUAAGGUAAUGAAAAAUUGCGAAACAGCUGAUCGAAGACCAAUGUCAUUCCUUUUAGUAGCGUGCCCCCCCGCCCCCCCUCCACACACACAUCCUCGAUGUUGUACCCAACCAAACACUUCAAGGACGAACAUAUGUGUUCUUGAAUAUGUUGUAUGAAUUUAGUAAUUUUUUAUAAAAUAAGUGACUUUGCUUUACUGUACUAUGUUUCGUACUUUCGUACGCCCCUUACCCCCACCCCACAUGUGCGUACACCCCCAACAGCUCACUCAAGUUGUACAGACGCACACACGGACAUUUACGACAAGUCAAACUUCUUCAGUGCAUGUCCCAAGUACAAGAUAUGAUCAGCCACAUCUUUGAAAGACCAAUGUGAACGUUUUGCGUUUUUUUCAGACAUCAGUAGAUAUAGGCGAUAUAAAACUAACCUGUAAAUUUCAGCCUCCAAAAUUCAUCCUUUAAUCAAUUA